UCGGUCCAAAGUCCAUUGACUUUAACAUAACAGGAUGCAUUUAUGUUUAUGCUGGCUCUGACGUGUAUUGCAAAACUGACAAUGGAACCGAACCCGUACAAGUCGUACUUUUACUUGGCAAUGAUUCAUUUGUUCUUGCUGAAAGCAAAGAGAACAAUGGGUUGUACAAGUUCCAUAACGUUCAUCAACAUAUGGCUGGACUGUCGAGACGGAAUGUGACAUGCCUAGUUUCAAAUGCAGCCCUUGACACACCUUACGAAGUGCACGGCAUUCUAUGUGACGUGGAGAAAGGAAGCCCGCCCGAGCUAACAGUUCCCGAAUUCCUUGUUGGAGAAAGCUCGAAAGCAGUAUGUGAGGUGCGCAAUGCUAUCCCAGCUCCGGCAUUAGCAAUACACGUUGGCACAGUCUUGCUAGCUGAUGUUCAACAAACUGAUUCAUUCAAUACAUCUUCUAAUACUUUUACAAGUUUAGCAAGGGCGACAAACACUAAUAAAUCGUGGAAUGGAAAAGAAAUGUGUUGCACAAGGCAAAGCAAAGAAUGCUUUGGUUUUAGAAGUUCGUCAGUUUGCCAAAAUAUAAGUAUAAAAUUUCCGCCGUCGGAUCUUUACAUAUCCGUAAACAAAAUACACGAGUAUAACAACAAUGUUUCUAUAUAUCUCUUAAACAUGUCUUGUGAAACGAAUGAAUCAAAUCCGCCUUGUACGAUUAAAUGGUCAAGCGACAACGAUAACAUAACAGUCGUUCAAAGCAACAAAUGUACGAAUGGUGAAAACGGGAGUUACCAUUCUGUAUUCAACGUGCUUUACAAUGUCACUGAAGACAUGGUUGGGGAAACCAUUACAUGUGCAACAACAUGUGACCAUUUCCCAUUCCGUUCAAAUCAAGACUACAAAAUAUAUAUUUCAGAUUGUCAGACUCUUAAUUUGAACACGACAUCACCUGUUCAUUUAUGUCCGAAUAAUACAUUUAUCGUCAAAUGUCAUUUGGAUGGCUGCAAUGCUAAAUCGCAAUGGACGCUUUGCUGGGAAGAUGAAAAUAGAACUGUAAUAAAGACUCGUAAUAAAAUAGGUGAAUGCCUCUUAACACUGAAUUAUACCGGAAAAGAGGGAAAAACAUACUCUUGCAUCGCUUGGAAAACAAAUGAGCAUCUGAGAAAUUCCUUGGCCAUUUUAAGCUCAUGA